UUCCUUAGUCUUUCUUCAAACUUCACUCCUCAAAUGUAUGCAGUUGUCCUCAGCACUACAUCUGGAUUUCUGACAUGGAGGUUGGUGCAGGGAGCAGCGCCAUCUUUCAGGAAAUGCUGUCAUUCAGGGAUGUGGCCAUUGAUUUCUCUGCAGAGGAGUGGGAAUGCCUGGAGCCUGCUCAGUUGGAUCUGUACAGGGACGUGAUGCUGGAGAAUUACAGCAACCUUGUGUUCCUGGGUCUUGCUUCGUCUAAGCCAUAUCUGGUCACAUGUCUGGAGCAAAUACAAGAGCCUUCAGAUGUGAAAAGAGGAGCGGCUACCUCUAUGCUCCCGGAAAGAAAAUGCUAUAAGUGCAAAGAGUGUGGCAAAGUCUCUGAGUGGACAAAAGUGUUUCAAAAUCACCAGAUGCUUGAUUUAGGAAUGAAUUACUACAAGUGUGAAGAAUGUGCCAAGUCCUUCCAUAGUCCAUCAUUAAGUUCUGAAGAGAACAGAAUUCAUGCAGGAGAAAAACCUUACAAAUGUGAAGUUUGUGGCAAGGCCUUCUGCAUUCCAUUAUUACUUUCUAAACACAAGAUAAUUCAUAAAGGAGAGAAUCUCUACAAGUGUGAAGUGUGUGGCAAGGCCUUCCAACAUCCAUCAAGACUUUCCAGACAUAAGAAGAUUCAUUCAGAAGAGAAACCAUACAAGUGUGAAGUAUGUGGAAAAGCCUUCCACUUUCCAUCAUUACUUUUGGUACACAAGAGAGUUCAUACAGGAGAGAAACCAUACAAGUGUACAGUAUGUGGCAAAGCCUUCCAUUAUCCAUCAAUAUUUUCUAAACACAAGCGAAUUCAUACAGGAGAGAAACCAUACAAGUGUGAAGAAUGUGGCAAGGCCUUCCACAUUUCAUCAUUUCUUUCUAAACACAAAAUAAUUCAUAGAGGAGAAAAACCCUACAAGUGUGAGGUAUGUGGCAAGGCCUUCCAUUAUCCAUCAAGACUUUCCAACCAUAAGAAAAUCCAUUCAGGAGAGAAACCAUUCAAGUGUGAAGUAUGUGGGAAGGCCUUCCGCAUUUUAUCACUCCUUUCUAAGCACAAGAUAAUUCAUACAGAAGAGAAUCCUUACAAGUGUGAAGUAUGUGGCAAGGCUUUCGAUUAUCCCUCAAGACUUUCUAACCAUGCAGAAAUGCAUACAAGAGAGAAACCAUACAAGUGUGAAGUAUGUCAAAAGGCUUUCCGUUCUCUGUCAUCAUUUUCUAAACACAAGAGAAUUCAUACAAAAGACAAUUACUAUAACAGUGAAUUAUGUGGCAAGGCCUUCAUUUAUCCUUCAAGACUUUCUAAACAUAAGAAAAUUUGUGCAGGAGAGAAGCCCUACAAGUGUGAAGUAUGUGGCAAGGCCUUCCAUGUUGCAUCACUACUUUCUAAACACAGGACAAUUCAUACAGGAGAAAAACUCUAUAAGUGUGAAGUAUGUGGGAAGGCCUUUUAUUAUCCAUCAAGACUUUCCAACCAUAAGAAAAUUCAUACAGGAGAGAAACCAUUCCAGUGUGAAGUAUGUGGGAAGGCCUUCUGUUUUCCUUCAUCACUAUCUAAACACAAGAGAAUUCACACAGGAGAGAAACCAUACAAAUGUAAAGAGUGUGGAAAGGCCUUCCGCUCUCUGUCCUCACUUUCUAAACACAAGAGAAUUCACACAGGAGAGAAACCCUACAAAUGUGAAGAAUGUGGCAAGGCCUUCCAUUAUCCAUCAUUACUUUCUAAACACAAGAUAAUUCAUACAGGAGAAAAACCCUAUAAGUGUGAUAUAUGUGACCAGGCGUUUCAUGUUCCAUCAAAACUUUCUCAUCACAAAAUAAUUCAUAGAGGAGAAAAACCCCACAAGUGUGAGGUAUGUGGCAAGGCCUUCCAUUAUCCAUCAAGACUUUCCAACCAUAAGAAAAUCCAUUCAGAAGAGAAACCAUACAAGUGUGAAGUAUGUGGGAAGGCCUUCCGCAUUUUAUCACUCCUUUCUAAGCACAAGAUAAUUCAUACCGAAGAGAAUCCUUACAAGUGUGAAGUAUGUGGCAAGGCUUUCGAUUAUCCCUCAAGACUUUCUACCCAUGCAAAAAUGCAUACAAGAGAGAAACCAUACAAAUGUGAAGUAUGUCAAAAUGCUUUCCGUUCUCUGUCAUCACUUUCUAAACACAAGAUAAUUCAUAAGGAAGAAAAACCCUACAAGUCUGACAUAUGUGGCCAGGCGUUCCAUGUUCCAUCCAAACUUUCUCAUCACAAAAUAAUUCAGACAGGAGAAAAACCCUACAAGUGUGAAGUAUGUGGCAAGGCCUUCUGCAUUCCAUUAUUAGUUUCUAAACACAAGAGAGUUCAUACAGGAGAGAAUCCCUAUAACAGUCAAGUAUAUAACAAGGCCUUCAUUUAUCCUUUAAGACUUUCUAAGCAUAAGAAAAUUUGUACAAAAGAGAAACCAUACAAGUGUUAAUAUGUGGAAAGUCGCGCCACUUCCCAUCAUUACUACUAAUACACAAGAGAAUGCAUACUGGAGAAAAACCCUACAAGUGUGAAUAUUGUGGCAAGGACUUCCAUUAUCCAUCACUACUUUCUAAACACAAGUGAAUUCAUACAGGAGAAAAACCAUACCAGUGUGAAGUGUGUGGCAAGGACUUCCAUGUUUCAUCAUCACUAUCUAAACACGGGAUAAUUCAUAUGGGAGAGAAGCCAUACAACUGUGAAGUAUGUGGGAUGACCUUCCGCUUUUCAUCAUCACUAUCUAAACACAAGAGAAAUCAUACAGGGAAGAAACCCUACAAGUGUGAGGAAUGUGGCAAGGCCUUCCAUUUUCCGUCAGUACUUUGGAAACACAAGAUAAGUCACACUGGAGAGAAACCCUACAAUUGUGACUUAUAAGGCAAGGCCUUCCAUUACUCAUCAUUACUUUCUAAAUAUAAGAUGAGUCAUACAGAAGAAAACCCCCACAAGUGAUAUAUGUGGCAAGGCCUUCCAUUAUCCUUCAAAACUUUCCAGCCAUAAGAAAAUUCAUGCAGGAGAGAAACCCUACAAGUGUGACGUAUGUGACAAGGCCUUCCAUUAUCCAUCAUUACUUACUAAACACAAGGUAAUUCAUACAGGAAAAAAAACCCUCAAGUGUGAAGUAUGUGGCAAAGCCUUCCAUUAUCCCUCACGACUUUCCAAGCAUAAGAAAAUUCAUGGGGCUGGAGACAUGGCUCAGCAGUUAAGAGAACUGGCUGCACUUUCAAUUGUGCUGUCCUGGGUUCAAGUUCCGGCAACCACAUGCUGGCUCACAGUCAUGUAUGAUGGAAUCUGUUUCCCUAUUCUCGUAUGCAGGGGUACAUGCAGGCAGAGCACUCAUGUACAUAAAAUAAAUGUUAUUUACAAAAUUGAUAGUAUGUUGCCUGGUGACUAAAAGUAAAAUAUACCAGAGACAAACCAACCCUAUUAGUGGAAGCAUGUGGCAAGGACUUCCAAUGUCCAGAACUAUUUUCUAACCACAAGAGAAAUCAUAUGGGAGAGAAACCCUCCAAUUAGGAAGUAUGUAGCCUGUUCCUCUAUUGUCCAUAAUUACUUUCUGAACACAGGAGAAUACACACAGGUUAGAAACCCUACAAUUGUUAAGUGCAAGUGAACUCCUGUAGAAUUUGCCAGAUUUUUCAUACUCGUUUAAUGUGGAAAAGACUUUUCUACAAAUAUACACCAGUGUUUACACAAGUUAACUCAUAAUGUGGCAACAUUUACAAAUACAAAGAAUAUGUCCAAGUGUUCAACAAAAACUUUAGUGAUCAUCAAAAAUUCAUUUUGUCAAGAAAACAUACAAAUCUAAAGAAUGUGGCAAAUACAUCAGAAGUUCCAAAGCAUGAUCUGAACACCGGAUAAUUCCUACUGGAGAGAAACAUUACAAUUGUGGAGAAUGUGGCAAAACCUAUUACCAGUCUUCUGGUCUUAAACAACAUUCAAGAAUUCAUCUGUGAGUGAAACCACACAAGUGUGAAGAAUGUUCCAAGGUCUUUUGUACUUACUAAGAAUUUGUGAAACACCUCAUAAUUCAUACGAAACUGAAAUGCCACAUGUGGAAAAUGUUGCAAACCCUUUAUUAAACUUUCUUAUAUUUCUCAACACAAAGUAGUUCAAAUGGGAGUGAAAUAAUACAAAUGUUAAAUAUUCAUAAUAUGUUAACACUUCUUCAGACACUAAAAGCUCCCUGCUGAAUAGAAACCAGAUAAGAGUAAGCAAUGUGUGGUAAGUAAAGACUUUGGAAUCAUUCACACAAUCAUGCCAAAAGUAGAGCUGUCAGAUUGUAUGUUUGUUCUCUGGAUUUGGGGCUGAUCUUUCCUGGGUGUCUUUUGUUUCUUCUGUUUUAGAAUAAGAAUACUUAUUCUAUACCAGUGAGUAGUAAAAGUAGUCUCUUGUUCUUAUGUUGUAAGAGCUCACACAAAGAGAUUGCCUUGAGUGUCAUGUGACACAUGGACUGUGAGCUUUCAUAGUGUUGUAAUUAUUAAAUCUUGUAUGGACCUU